AUGAGCUUCGGCACAGAUACUUUUUGCUCAGUAUGCGCUGUCAUCGACUUUCAGAAACUUUUUUACCAUGAAUGGAACGAAUCCAUUCUAGGGUACAAGGAUCUAUGCUUGGGGACACUCGAACAAGUCCUGGAGCGCGCAGAAAACUGCAAUAUCUGCAAACUUGUGAUUGAUGUCUAUAAGGAGCGGUUCAGAAGAGCACCCCACGGCCGCUCUCUAGACAUCUACAACAGAGACUCACUGUAUCCGAUACGUUCGAGGUGUAUCAAUGAACUGCACGAAGAGGUAAAAAAGUAUGGUCUACGUCUUACCGAAAACGGCAGGCCGAUAAGGUGUAAUUUAAGGGAAAUAACCUUCGCCAGAACGAACAUUCAACAGACCAACGAAGACGAAAACGGCUCCGAUAACGAUGCACCGGUAGAAGUGAGCCGUGCUCAGCUUAUGCUGCAUCCAUGUCCUUGGACACAUAUGGGAAUUGAUAGCGUCACCCUCCAAGCGAUUUGGCCUGAAGGAACACCUGGCACAGCCAAGAGACCCACGACAGAAGGCUGUAUCUCUCUGAGCGGCACUGGCAGGCCAAUAGAACCGCUUCUGGAUUUUCAACUAGUCCGCCGGUGGAUAUAUCAGUGUGAGAAAGAUCACGGGGACAAGUGCCACAAGCCAGACUGGCUCAUCGACAACGACAAUGAAUGGCUAAGUACGUUUCGAGUCAUCGAUGUCCAACAGAGACAAAUUAUCGACUUACUCCCCUCUAUGCGCUAUGUCGCGCUUAGUUACGUCUGGGGAUCCGACGGACAGAAGAUGAAAUUACACACCGAGAGGCGCCUAACUCGAGAGAACCUUCCUCAACUGCAACAGUCCGGCGGUCUAGAUAAGAUAUUCCUUCCUCAGACAAUCAAGGAUUCUAUGUAUGUUGUUGAGAAAGUAGGAGAGCGAUACUUAUGGGUAGAUGCCCUAUGUAUUAUCCAGGACGACUACAAGGAUGUUAGCCGUCAAACCGCACAUAUGGAUUUGAUAUACUCCAAAGCGCUGUUCACAAUCAUCGCUGGAUGUGGCGAUGAUUCCGAGUCGGGUCUGGCAGGUCUUCCGAGUCAGCCACGGGAUUUCUUGCAGCGCCAAGUUAAAGUGUCUAGCAGAUUGCGCAUCACGCCCUGCGCUGCUCUUUCAGAGGAUGAUGAGCUACAGUGUUCAAGGUGGAGUACCAGAGGCUGGACGUACCAGGAACGGUGCUUAUCCAGACGCACACUAAUAUUCACGGAGUCACAAGUCUACUGGCAAUGCGAGAGUACAACAUACGAUGAAGAAACGAUUUUAGAUAUCCCAGGAACACUAGUCGAUGUAGCAUCUAUCUACCUAGGAUGCAAUGAUAUGAGGGACAUUGGUGACAAAAAGUUCUCUAAGAGAAGCUUGUCCAAAUCCAUCAGACAAUUCAGCGAGCGAAAGCUUACGUACCCUGCUGACGCUCUUCCAGCUUUCUCAGGCCUCAUCCGCCGAUGGGAGUAUGUGAACAAAGAGAAACUUUACUGGGGUUUACGAACCAAGAAGUUUGAUCAAGCACUUAUCUGGAAAUGGGGCAAUGAUCGUCGCAGAGAGGUAUAUAGGACAGUGUCCGGAGGAUCAGUGAUCCGCAGAGUGUCUUAUCCUAGCUGGUCGUGGCUUGGAUGGGUUGGUUAUGUGAUUCCCAGCCCCUACCUUGAGGAUCAUGAUAACGACAGGGUGGAACCGGACUCGAUCCUGGCAUUCUAUUCUUUGAUAAGUGAUGGAAGCAUAUCACCUAUUCAGACGGGUUUCGACUCUUCAUCUUCCAACCUUUUUAACUUCACAACUCCCAAGUGGAAAGGCGAAAUCACAGAGUAUGGGCCCAUAGACAUGUCAAAUAUCUUACUCGCCUCAGAGCUGGAGCCUCUUGAGAUGGCUCAUGAUCCUUAUGAUACCGGACGAAUAGUAUUCUGGACAAGUCACGCUGAAACUCUCAUCCGACUUGAAAGCAAUUCCGCCAUCCACAUUCUGACGCCAGAAGGGUUCCUGAAGAUAGUGGCCGAUAUCCCGGAGAUGGUUGGAAGGACUAUGAUACUUCAUGAUCCUGAAGAGUCCUUGGGCGAGGAAGAAGAAGGUGGGUUCGGAACGAUGAACGAAGCAGACGAUGGAGCAAGAGACGAUAGCUGCGUCGACGAUGUUUCGAGCGAGCUUUCAGCAAUACCUCCUCCUCCUCCUCCAAGGUCGAAAGUUGGGUUGAUUGUCAUUUCUCGCCAAUUUCUUUUUGAUGUCCACCAAGAUACGGGGCAUUUGAAUGUUAUGAUCGUAGAGGAAAGAGUGCGUGGUUCAGGGGUUUGGAGCCGCCUCGGCCUUUGCGUGGUUAGAGAGGAAGAUUGGCUAAAACUGGAACUCAACUGGAGACUGAUUAUUCUUGAGUAG